AUGCAGCUGCUACGGAGCAUUGUGUUCUCCCUGCUGGCAGCCACCAGUGUGGCUGUUCCCAGGGGUGAUGCUAGUAGACACCAGACUAUCCAGCCUCGUGCUGCAAAGUAUGCCCUGAAGGAACCACCUCUCACGACUCCAUGGACGGACAAAGUGGGAACGGAUCCCUGGCCUGAGUAUCCGCGGCCACAAAUGCAGCGGUCCCAAUGGCAGAACCUCAACGGAAUCUGGCAGUAUCGAGGCGCAUCGAGUCUUGCCGAAGCCCAAAAUCCUCCAUUUGGGCAGAGCUUAGAACAAGAAGUAUUGAUUCCAUCUUGCUUGGAGAGUGGCUUGUCUGGCAUUCAGGGAAAUACCACUUUGUACUCGUGGUUUUCAAACUCUUUCAAGGUCCCUUCGGACUGGAGAGGUCAGCAGAUACUGCUCAAUUUCGGAGCCGUCGACUACGAGGCCACCGUUUUUGUCAAUGGAAAGCAGGCUGGCUUCAACCGUGGAGGAUAUUCCCACUUUACUGUUGACGUGACUCAAUUUGCUAAGCCAGGCCAGCAGAAUGAACUGCUCGUGUUUGUACACGACCCCACCGACUCGGGCGACUAUGUCAUCCCUAUUGGCAAACAGACACUCCGGCCCAGUCACAUCUUCUAUACGCCAUGCAGCGGAAUUUGGCAAAGUGUCUGGAUCGAAGCUGCACCAGCAAACUAUAUCACUCAGCUAGAUCUCGAUGCUAACAUGAACGGCCAAGUCAACGUGACGGUGCACACUUCAGCGACCAAUACUACCUCUAAUGUCAUGGUCACUGUGCAUGACAAUGGUGAUGUAGUUGCGACUCACCGAGGGCCAACCAAUCAGCCGUUCCAGUUCAACGUCAAGUCGCCAAAACUUUGGUCACCCAACUCUCCCAAGUUGUAUAAUGUCACGGUCACACUCGGCAAGGACCAAAUCCAGAGCUAUACUGGAUUCCGAACCAUCUCCAAAGGGACUGUCAAUGGUGUCGUUCGACCCCUCUUGAACGGCGAAUUCAUCUUCAUGUUUGGAACUUUGGACCAAGGCUUCUGGCCUGAUGGCAUUUAUGUCCCGCCAACCAAGGAGGCGAUGGUAUAUGAUCUGAAGAUGUUGAAGAAUCUUGGAUUCAACACUGUCCGGAAGCAUAUCAAAGUUGAGCCCCAGCUGUUCUAUCAGGCAUGCGACGAACUCGGUCUUCUGGUGAUUCAGGACAUGCCGUCGUUGCGACCACUGCAAGGCAUCCUGCCAAAUGCUGAUCAACAGGUUGAAUUUGGGCGUCAACUCGAGUUGUUAGUCAACCAGCACAAGAGCUUCCCAAGCAUCGCAACCUGGGUUGUCUAUAACGAAGGCUGGGGCCAAAUCACCAGCUACUACCCCGAGUUCGAGCUAACAGAGCGAGUCAAGCAGUUGGAUCCUACUCGACUGGUGGAUUCAACGACUGGAUGGUUUGACCACGGGGCUGGCGACUUUAGUGAUAAUCACCACUAUGCCAACCCUCAAUGUGGCAGUCCUUUUUACUCCAUCGACUCGAGCCCGUACGAUGCCAGGAGAAUCGGUCUUCAGGGUGAAUUCGGUGGUCUCGGAAACAACGUCUCUAUCGAACAUCUCUGGAACGUCCAAGCUGCUAUCGACACCAUCGAUCAAACCUAUGAGCUUGAUCAGACCAUCGAAAUUUGGAACUAUCGCAGCCAUAUCAUGCUGGCUGAGUUGCAGGACCAAGUGAAACGGUUUGCGUGCAGUGGAGGUAUCUGGACCCAGACGACCGAUGUUGAGGGAGAGGUCAACGGUCUGAUGACCUAUGACCGCCGGCUGGCUCGUGUGGAUGAAGCGCAAUGGAAGGCCGAUAUUCAGGGCCUGUAUGAUGCUGCUGCUGCACGUGGUCACGCCAAGUAA